AUGCGGCUAGUUUCGAGGCCGCAUAUGUACGUGCACGUGUGUCCUCUUGUGUGCAUGCAUGAGCUCGGGGUCAGGGUGAAUGAAGCUAUUUCAUACCGCCACUCCUCACCACCCAAACCCAUCCCGCCCACAACAGGAGGCAGAAAGUGCUAUAAAGGCGCCACAUUGUCUGCAGGACAUGUCUACGUGGGUCGGAGGCAGCCGAGGCUGAAAGAGACCCAGCGGCUCCAUCGUCGACUGACUCACCCACAUUCGUGCCCGCAACCCCAGCCUCGGGGAGCCCAUUUUGCCGACCUUUCUCUGAACCAAUGGCCUGGACCGGAUUCAAAACAAACCUGA